GGUAGCACGACCAGUCCGCGCACGACGGUGGGUCCCCGAGGAGCGCCAUGGCGGACAUGUCCCUGGCCGAAGAGCUGACCUGCUCCAUCUGCCUGGAGCUCUUCAAGGUGCCGGUCACCACCCCGUGCGGCCACAACUUCUGCGGGUCGUGCCUGGGGGAGACGUGGACCGUCAAGGGCCCGCCGUACCAGUGUCCGCAGUGCCGCGCCGAGUUCCAGGAGCGGCCGCGGCUGCACAAGAACACGGUGCUGUGCACGGUGGUGGAGCAGUUCCAGCAGGCCGAGCUGGCCCGCGCCACGCCGCCCGACGACUGGACGCCGCCCGCCCGCGCCGCCAACCCCCGCCCCGCCGGCCAGGUGUCCUGCGACCACUGCCUGAAGGCGACCGCCGUCAAGACGUGCCUCGUGUGCAUGGCCUCCUUCUGCGAGGAGCACCUGCGGCCGCACCUCGACAGCCCCGCCUUCCGGGACCACUCGCUGCAGCCGCCCGUCCACGACCUGUUGCACCGCAAGUGCCCCCAGCACAACCGGCUACGCGACUUCUUCUGCCCCGAGCACAGCGAGUGCAUCUGUCACGUCUGCCUGGUGGAGCACAAGACCUGCUCGCCUGUGCCCCUGAGCCAGGCCAGCGCAGACCUGGAGGCCAAACUGAAGCAUAAACUGACAGUCAUGUACGGUCAGAUCAACGGUGCAUCGAGAGCGCUGGAGGAUGUGAGAGCCAGGCAGCAGGAUGUGCGGGAGGCUGCACAAAGGAAGCUGGAACAGCUUAGACAAGAAUACUUGGAAAUGAAGGCUCUCAUCGACGCCUCGGAAGCCAGCUCCACACGCAAGAUAAAGGAAGAGGAGAAAAGGGUCAGCAGCAAGUUCGACACUAUUUACCAGAUCCUCCUCAAGAAGAAGAGUGAGAUCCAGACCAUGAAGGAGGAGAUUGAAGUUGCCCUGACUCAGGGGGGCGAGUUUGAGUUUCUGGAGAAAGCGGCAAAACUGCAAGCGGUCUCAACGAAGCCAGUCUACGUCCCCAAGGUGGAGCUGAACCACGAGCUGGUAAAGGGCGUCUGCCAGGGCGCUGCGGACCUCAAACACGAGCUGAAGCGGUGCCUCAGGCAGUCCCAGGAGAAGAAGCCCGAGGAGCCCGCUGACCCAGGGGACUCUGCAGAGUAUGUCAAGGCGCCCACGCUGAAACUCCCACGCCCUGGGAAGAAGGUCGUGAAAGAAGAAAAGAAAUCCAAGAAACCUGCCACUGCUGUCUCAUCCAACAAGUUCUCCGCCUCUGAGGAACUGGAAAAGUUAUCGGAUUUAGAACAAGCUCUCUCAGAGGCUGCAGCCAAAGCCACCACCACGAAGCCGAACUCGGCGUCUCUCAAGGCCAAGGUGCUGGAGAACUUCUUGGCCAAGUCCAGACCAGAGCUCCUAGAGUAUGCUGUGAAGGUCAUCCUGGACUACAACACUGCCUACAGCAAGGUGGCCCUGUCGGAAAACUACACUGUAGCCUCUGUGGCUGACACACACCAGAACUACCGGCCGCAUCCCCAGAGGUUCACAUACUGUUCUCAGGUGCUGGGCUUGCACUGCUACAAGAAAGGGAUCCACUACUGGGAGGUGGAGCUGCAGAAGAACAACUUUUGUGGGAUGGGCAUCUGCUAUGGCAGCAUGGCGCGGCAGGGCCCCGAGAGCCGGCUGGGCCGCAACAGCGCCUCCUGGUGUGUGGAGUGGUUCAACACCAAGAUCUCCUGCUGGCACAACAAUGUGGAGAAAACCCUGCCCCCGACGAAGGCCACACGGGUUGGUGUGCUUCUCAACUGUGACCACGGCUUCGUUAUUUUCUUUGCGGUUACUGCCGAGAAGGUCCACGUGAUGUAUAAGUACAAGGAGGACUUUACCGAAGCUCUGUACCCGGCCUUCUGGGUGUUCUCUGCAGGUGCCACCAUCUCCAUCUGCUCCACCAAGUAGUCAGCCACGGCCACUGUGGCCGACUGCCUGCGGAGUGCCUGGACUCCAGGGAAAAUGCUGAAGGGGGGCUCUCAGAGAGCUUCCCCGAGAGUCCCGGGGCUGACAGGACGGCGGGGUGGGGGUGAUGGAAGGAAGAAAAGUUCUUUGGUGAUUCUUCUCUGCUUUUGGAGAUGGCCCAAAGCAUCUUCAUUGACCUGAAAAAGUAGCCUUGUCUGAAGCCAAGUCAUCCUUGGGAAAGAGCUGGGCUUCGAGGAGAAUGCCAAAGAUGAGCCCCAGGGUCCUACUGCGGCUCUUCUCUGCAGAAAAGGGGGCAACAAGAGGGUGCUUCCCUGGCAAUCAGCAGCUCAGGAGAGGGGAGCAUGAGCCCCUCUGUUCAGAAGAGAGGCAAGUAGGUAACCCCAGCUCUGUGCAAGGUGCGUUGGAGAUGUAAACGGAGGCGCACACCCUUGCUCUCUCGAACCUUACAUUCCCUUGCCUUGUAGGGCUGCUGCCUAACCCUGGAGCCCUAGGGUUGGAGGAAACUUUGCAUUCAUCCGACUCCUCACUUUGCAGAAUAAGUCAAAUGGGGAGAUAUGGAUGACUUUGCUUACCGUUCUUGCCAACCUAUCAUUGAGGAGAUGCCUCUUGCCUGCCCCCUGGUACCCUGGGGAAGUGUCAGAAAUUCCCAGAAACCAACAAAAAUAUCAUCGCAGACCUGGGUAUCAGGGACUGUCUCAGUCACUGGCAUGGUAGCAAAGGUCAGGGUGAAGUUUUUGUACUAUUGAAGACUGGUUGGCUGGUUUCUCUUUCAUGACUCAGAAAUGGACUUGUGAUCUACAACUGCGAUGUUAUCUCUUACCUUAUGCUGCCCUCCAUUGAUUUUAAUUAAUUAGAAGUAUCUGAGCUAUUGUUUCUUGAGCCUAUUUAUUUUAGAGUUGAUUCUUUAGGAGAUAAUCAGGGCUGUAGACAUGGAUCUUUAGAAACCUGUGAGAAAUAGGAGGACUAAAGCUGGCUGACUCACCUUAGAAGCUUGGAAUGUAGUAGAACAGUGUUUGGUGUUCUUUCUCGCAUCUCGGGGUGUACAGACGAUGUUACUUACCUGCCGUGCUGGGGUGAGAGAAUGAGGUGCCCAGGGGCCUCUGGCUGCCCAGGCCCCACCCAGCUGCUCCCGGGGGUUGAGAUUUCAGCAGAUGGGUAGCCCAUUAGAAGCUGGCCUUGGACGAGAGUUCUCGAUAAAGAAUUCUCAGCCCGGUAGGAUGUCCGUCUGGGCUUUGCUUCAGGAUGAUCCGAGCAUGGGUGUACGGAGAAGGAGUCAGGGUAGGAAUGAAAGAGUGAGCCACAAGCAGGUCAUCAGUGACACAGUGAUGGAUAUGACCGUUCCUUAAAAUAUUCUUCCUACUGAUGCAUGUUUUGAAAAUUUUCAAAAUAAAACGAUUUAAAAAUGAAACCAAACACAGCUGAGGUCAAGGAUGGGCCCUGCUGGGUGGGUUUUAUCCUUGUUUGCAGAGGGGUAGGAGUUGUGGGUUUGAGUUUGUUAUGUCAGGUCAUCCCCCUUCUCCAUGGGGCAUCUGUUCCAAGACCCCCAGUGAAGGCUUAUAAUCAAGGAUUGUACUGAACUGUAUGGAUACCGUGUUUUUUUCCUCUAUGUACAUACUUAUGAUAAAAUUUAGUUUAUAAAAUUAGGUACAGUAGGAGAUUAACAAUGACAACUAAUAAUGAAGUAGAACAGUUAUAACAAUAUACUGUAAUAAAGUCACGUGACUGGGGUCGCUCUCCUGUAACUGAGGCUUCUGAGUACCUGAUGGGCGGGGGUGCCGGGCCAGGGGACGUUCGCUUACUCAGGUAGAUGGAGCGGGACAGAUUUCCCCACGCUACUCAGAACUGCGCGCAGUUGAAAAUGUAUGAAUUGGUUCUUUCUGGAAUUUUUCAUUUACUGUUUCUGGACGACCACUGACCAGGAGACACUGAAACGGUGGAAAAUGAAACCACAAUAAAAGGGGACUAUUGUAAUACAGAGUCUGACUGGCCCUCGCCCCGGGUUUCCAAAGGGAGGUUCCAAGUCCUCGGCCUUUCCCCUGGAGAAGUCAUGACUGUUCUUCACUAGCCCCGUGGUCAGACCGGAGUCUGUGCCAGGAGGUGAGGUGACCCAGGGUGGGGGCUGGUUAUCAGAAAGAGCAACCGUGAGAUCAGAGAGUUUGGACUGGAGCCAGCGUGGCCUCUGUGUCGCAAGAGGGGCUGGAGAGGAACUCAAUCAGUUAUGCCUUUGGCAGGAAUCCCUGAAAACAGCCUCCGGACACAAGCUCUGCGGAACACAGCGAUGAGCCAGGAGGCGGCGCACGCCGAUGCCACAGGGAGGGGCGCAGAAGGUCCGCAUGGGGUCCCUCUGACGCUGCGCUCUGUCUCUUCAUCUGGCUGCUCUCGGUUUGCAUCUUUAUAGGAAAACAGUAAUCAUAAGUGGAGCGCUUCUCUGAGCUCUGAUUUCUAGUGCAUCCCCGAACCUGAAGGAGGUCAUGUGCUACAGAAUGGAUGUUUGUGUAGCCCCAAAAUUCAUAUGUUGAAACCUACCCCUCAGUGUGAUGGUAUUGGAGGUGAUUAGGUCAUGAGGGUACAGCCCUUAUAAGAGACCCCACGAGCCCCCUGGCCCUCUGCCCUGUGAGGGCACAAGAAGACAGCUCCUUCCGAGACUGAGUCCGCCAGCCCCUGGAUCUUGGACUUCCAGCCUCAGAACUGUGAGGAAUAAAUGUUUGUUGUUUAA